CCGGCCCGGCGCUGGCAGGAGGAGGAGCUGCGGCGGCUGUGGCCACUUGGGCAGGUCGGCGCGGCGCCGCCGUAACCCGCCGACGGCGCGGGCUCUGGGUCCCUGUGCGGAGGUAGGCGCAGGCGGCCCUGGGGCCAUGGAGCCUGGUGACGCGGCGCACCCUGGCCCGGGGCGGGUAGUUCGUGAGGUGCCGCCGCGGCUGCUGUUGCUGCCGCUGCUGCCACUGCUGCUGGGUCGGGGGCUGCGUGCCGGGGCCUCGGCCUCCUCCUCUGGGGCGGCGGCCGAGGACAGCAGCGCCAUGGAGGAGCUCGCCACUGAGAAGGAGGCGGAGGAGAGCCACCGGCAAGACAGCGUGAGCCUGCUCACCUUCAUCCUGCUGCUCACGCUCACCAUCCUCACCAUCUGGCUCUUUAAGCACCGCCGGGUGCGCUUCCUGCACGAGACCGGGCUGGCAAUGAUCUACGGUCUUAUCGUAGGGGUGAUUUUAAGAUACGGCACCCCGGCCACCAGUGGCCGCGACAAGUCCCUGAGCUGCACCCAGGAAGACAGGGCCUUCAGCACCUUGCUAGUGAAUGUCAGUGGGAAGUUCUUUGAAUAUACCCUGAAAGGGGAGAUCAGCCCUGGCAAGAUCAACAGUGUGGAGCAGAAUGACAUGCUGCGCAAGGUGACAUUUGACCCAGAGGUAUUUUUCAACAUUUUGCUGCCUCCGAUUAUUUUCCAUGCUGGCUAUAGUCUAAAGAAGAGACACUUUUUCAGGAACCUUGGGUCCAUUCUGGCCUAUGCCUUCCUGGGGACUGCCGUUUCCUGCUUCAUUAUUGGAAAUCUCAUGUAUGGUGUGGUGAAACUCAUGAAGAUUGUGGGACAGCUCUCAGAUAAGUUUUACUACACGGAUUGCCUCUUUUUUGGAGCAAUUAUCUCUGCCACUGACCCAGUGACUGUGCUGGCGAUAUUUAAUGAGCUGCACGCCGAUGUGGACCUGUAUGCUCUUCUGUUCGGGGAAAGCGUCCUGAACGAUGCCGUGGCCAUUGUGCUGUCCUCGUCUAUUGUUGCCUACCAGCCGGCAGGGCUGAACACGCACGCCUUUGAUGCUGCUGCCUUUUUUAAGUCAGUUGGCAUUUUCCUGGGUAUAUUCAGUGGCUCUUUUACUAUGGGAGCUGUGACUGGUGUUGUGACUGCCCUAGUGACCAAGUUUACCAAGCUGCAUUGUUUCCCCUUGCUGGAGACAGCGCUUUUCUUCCUCAUGUCUUGGAGCACGUUUCUCCUGGCAGAAGCCUGCGGAUUUACAGGUGUGGUAGCUGUUCUUUUCUGUGGAAUCACUCAAGCUCAUUACACCUACAACAAUCUUUCAGUGGAAUCAAGAAGUCGAACCAAGCAGCUCUUUGAGGUGUUACACUUCCUGGCAGAGAACUUCAUCUUCUCCUACAUGGGACUGGCACUCUUCACCUUCCAGAAGCACGUUUUCAGCCCCAUUUUCAUCAUUGGCGCCUUUGUUGCCAUCUUCCUGGGCAGAGCUGCACAUAUCUACCCUCUCUCCUUCUUCCUCAACCUGGGCAGAAGGCAUAAGAUCGGCUGGAAUUUUCAACAUAUGAUGAUGUUUUCAGGCCUCCGGGGCGCGAUGGCGUUUGCCUUGGCCAUCCGGGACACGGCAUCCUACGCUCGCCAGAUGAUGUUCACGACCACGCUCCUGAUCGUCUUCUUCACCGUGUGGAUCAUUGGUGGAGGCACGACACCCAUGUUGUCAUGGCUUAACAUCAGAGUUGGCGUCGAGGAGCCAUGCGAAGAGGACCAGAACGAUCACCGCUGGCAGUACUUCAGAGUUGGUGUUGAUCCAGAUCAAGACCCACCGCCCAACAAUGACAGCUUUCAAGUCUUGCAAGGGGAUGGCCCAGACUCUGCUGGAGGAAACCGCACAAAGCAGGAGAGCGCGUGGAUAUUCAGGCUGUGGUACAGCUUUGACCACAAUUACUUGAAGCCCAUCCUCACUCACAGUGGCCCGCCUCUAACCACCACCCUUCCUGCCUGGUGUGGCUUGCUAGCUCGGUGCCUGACCAGCCCCCAGGUGUAUGAUAACCAAGAGCCACUGAGAGAGGAAGACUCUGAUUUCAUCCUGACCGAGGGUGACCUCACCUUGACCUAUGGGGACAGCACAGUAACUGCGAAUGGCUCCUCAGGGUCCCAUGCAACCUCUACGAGUCUUGAGGGGCGAAGAACCAAGAGCAAUUCAGAAGAAGUGCUGGAGAGAGACCUGGGAAUGGGAGACCAGAAGGCUUCGAGCCGGGGCACUCGCCUCGUGUUUCCAAUGGGGGAUAACGCAUGACAUCUCCCCCUACCCUACCCCCAAACCCAGAAGCAAUAGGGUAGGCCCCGAGUGGGGUGAGAAUGACUGUAAGCCCCUGUGGCAUUUGAGGUGGGGGCAUGGACUGAAUAGAAAUAACGCUUCUGUCUUAUUGGGGUUUGAAGUGAUCUUAAAAUUCAUCGCAAGACACAGAUGGUAAAGCUAAAGUGUCUCUAAAUUCAGACAAAAGCAGCCCUAGUCCCAUUUUUUUACCCAAUAGUGCACUGUUUCAGACUUAAACACACAAAAAUUAGCAUGCUUUAGUGUUCUCUCCAUUCAUCCGCCUGCAGCAUCCGAGCAAGGUAGAGCAGGCGUUGGGACUCCUCCCACGGAGGCCUUAUGUCCAGACGCAGCAGUGCUAAGCCAGCCAGCCCUAAGAAUGGCAAGUUAGAGAAGAACAGGCUAGAAGGAAGGCUGCAAAAGGAAGGCAUAUGAGAUUGCAUCCUGUGGGAUGAUGGAAAACUGGUGUUACAUGGGACAGAAAAUGUAAAAAGGCAAUUUGAGUGGAAACCCCAAUGAUGAAGGCUGCGUGACUACACCCUUGUCUUCACUUUUUAUGCUACUUGUGUUUCUUCUAGACAAGAGUAGAAUGUGUAUCCAUGAACAUUUCAACGUGAGGGAAAGAAAUACAGUUCUUUCUCUGGAAAUUUCCAUGAAGUUAUUGAACUAAUUCAAACCAAAGGCAAAUAGUGUUAUACUGUUGUUGUUUUAAAUAAUUUCAGGACAAGGAGGCAUUUAGAAACUGAUGAUGAUAUCAUAAGAUUCACUCAACUUUUGAGAGCUACUAUAUGAGCAAGUUGCCUGGGAAACAGUUACUGGGACCAAGAUGUCUACUGGGUGUUUAGAAAUAACUUUAAAAAAAUGUAGGUUGCUUUUUUCUGGGAAGGAGAAGGCAGCAAGCAACCUAAGAGGCAAUUCACUAGUACUUACAGGAAAAAUGAUCUUAGUGCAAAAAAAUUAAACUGAAAAGAAGAUAGGAGAUAGUUGUCCAAAAACAGAGUAGAAUCACAAAGUCUCAGCUGAUAUUUGCAUGAAGUUUCAUGAGCACCUAAGGAAUCAGGGGCAAGUCAAUGGAACUUUCAGCUUGUUCAACCCAGUGGAAGGGUCCUGUUAUCUAGAAGCUUAAGAGCCCAUGAGUGCCAAGCAGAGAGGGAUCAUUUUCCUUGGCAUCUGGAGAGACUAUUACAUCAGCUUAAAAAGUGGGGGAAUUGUUUGAAAUUUAGGUUUUCAGUUUGGGUCUUUGUGGGUAAGCUGUUCUACCAACCCACCUCUGUAGCAGAUGAAAUACUGAGAAAACUCUUGCAAAAUAUCUGAGGUUUCCCCCAUGUCUCUAUGCUUAAAUGCUAGCAUUUUUGGCAGUGCAAUUUCUACAGAAUGUUUUGAUGACAUGUGGGUAUUUUUCUUCUUAGCCCAGAUAAAAUAGUGUCCCCAGUCUAGUACUCUUGUCAUGAAAUCAGCUGUUUAACUUUCUUAACUCACAUUUUAAAUGAUUCCCUUUUAAAUAAGACAUUGCUUCAGAAGUUUUUGGUUGAACAGUCAUUUGUGUGGAUCAGGAAAGAUAUAUUUAAUGAGGCUAAGCCAUAUGAAAUUAGAUAGUCAACCAUUUUUAAAAGCCGGGAAGGGCAAUUUCAUAUGGCUCAAUAUAAUGCAGCCAAAUAGAUUUUAGUCAUCCUUUCCUAAAUUCAUUUUGAGUUAAUGGCCAUGUGUGGGCUUUGUACACUUGAAAGCAGCUCAACAACAUACCUAACCCAUAUAGCAUCAUGGUUACAAGGCAAGUGAAUGAUUUAAGAAGAUCCAAGGCCCAAAGCUGGAGAAAGAGCUUAUUUAGAGAUCCACAGGAAAGGAAACUAUUAUCUUGAGGUGGUUGUUGGAAGCAGCUGUUGGGCUUGGCUAGAGGCUGGAAAUGGCUCUGGGUGCUCAUGCGAUGUGAGAACCAGCACUAGAGUCCUUGAGUUAUCUCAGAAAUGACCAGUAAUGCUGUACCCACAGGUAAGGUUGUUUGCUUGCAGAGAUGGGGGAUAAACUGGUGAGCUCUUUAUAAGACCUUAUCUUUUUUGUUGCUACCUUUAGGAGGGGAGGAGUUAGCAGAAAAUCCCUGGGGAUGGUUCUUGAAAACAGCCAAUGUGAUAGGAUAUAACCUGCCUUCAUUCGCCUCAACGCUUUUUGGUCCUUUGGGUUUUCUAGGGAGCGUUAGGUAGAUUAUAAGAAAUCAAGUUCUUGGGGAAGAAAAAUAACCAUGGCAUGCCCCAUCCUAGUCUUAAAUCAAUCUGUGUUUUCCCCCAAAGGGUCUUGUGGUCUUCACUGCAAGCAUUUGAUUCUCACUCACUUAAAUAGAAGCAAAAGAUUUGCCAAGACCAAAACCAGAGUUGUAAUCAUUUAAUUGGUUCAUUUAUUCAGUGGGUAAGUCACUAUAAUCUAUGGUCCUAAUUUUUGUUUACAAGAUGCAGAGAAUGACCUUGAACUUACCUGGGAUCCUAGGAAGGUAAAUCCAUUCAUGAAAAUAGUUCCACAUCUAGAAGCAUUAUGCCUAGAUAACUAGGGGACCACAAAGCCCAGACACCUAUCCAACUCAUGGCUGUCUGCUGUCAUUCCAGCGUAAAACCAGAUUGAAACUGUUGGAUAAUGAUCAUCCAACUAAAAGCAAAGUUCUUCUAAGAGUAAGCUCCUGCCAACUUAUAUACAUACUUGUUAAUCCAAGUUGAGGGGGGUGGCAUUUCAGCUGAGCAGAGAACAUCUGACUGGCUGUAUAGUAAGAUCACUUGUCUAGUCCCCCUCUCCCUGCAAAAAUAAAGCGAGGGCCAGCCCAUCAGAGAUUUGGAUUCAGUGACAUUUUGUGGUGGGACCUGGCAUCGAUGCUUCCUUCUGCAAGCUCAGGAGUGGAGUUGUUAGCCUAGGGUGUGCACGGGGUGCCAAUGAGAACCUUAUUUAAAAGCGUGACCUAGCCAGUUAAGGUUGCUUUUUUCUUAAAUUGCUAGCCCUGUGGAACACACUGAGUUCAGGUUAAUAAUACAGUCUUCACAGCAGUGAGCAUUUCAUGUUAUCUUUGCAAAACCUAAGAACAUACUCGAUACAGUGCAACUAAAAAGAUCACAUUUGAAAACCUUAAAUCCUUUAGGGGAGACAAGGGUUAUUUAUGUAUGGGUAGAAUUCCAAGCCUGUCAUCUACAUUCCCAUUUGUGGGGAAGAAAAGGAGAUUUUUGUCUCAACUGAGCUGUGAUAUAAAAAAGUUUUCUGGGAAGCUGACUUUUAAAUUUAACCUGGAAUUAAAUUAAUAGUCCCUCAUGUGAACUUUCUUUGGCUUGGCCCCAGGCCUGAAUUGCACUCGUCAGGAAGGAGGAAGGCAACGUUUACUGCUGGAACGGAGUGUAAGAUCUUGCUCAUUUUACAGUGGUAGCAGUAGCAUAUUCUAUUUGGAAACUUCUAGGAAACCUCAAAUUUUCUUAGAGAAGGAACUUUGGAGUUUAAAUGAGGCUGCCUUUCUUCCUGUCAAGCAAGCCCAGAAAAGGCAUAUGGAAUAUCUCUGGCCACCCAGGUUACUCAUUGGGGUGACUAGAUAGGUAAGCAAUUCAUAAAUCAAAGCCAAAAAUUGCACUGUGACAUCAGACAUCUCUCAUCAAGCAAACAGCAAGGAGCUCUACAUUUAGGCUAUGUUCUCUAGACCCAAAAAUAUCCUGUUGUGAAUUGGUUAGUGAAUCAAACCCUGUAGAUAACACGCAAGACUUGAUCUCAGCUGUUCAUGGACAUCUCAGUCCUGGGCAAAGAAUUAAUAUUCUUUCCACACUAGAGGUUUAUUUCCAUGUUACCCCAAUUCACGGACUCUUUUUUUAUUUAUUUCUUCAAUGGAAAUUUAUGUGACCAUGUCAGAUAUUUAAUGUGAACUAAUAAUACUCAAAUAUAGAAACACCAGCCCUUAGAGAAGAUGAGCCCCAGGACAAUUAAGCGACUGGCCAGUGUGAGUUAUAAAAGGUCUAUCAGAAGGAUAAUUCUACCAUCUGCCCUAAAUGUUAUCUGGAAUGGAAGCUGCUGGCAAGUCAGCUGGCUGACCUAAUGAGUAUCUGACUGACUCUACUUUAAAAGUGGAGUACUGACAAGUGUCACGCCUGCCUUUUGUUGUUGAAUUUGUAAGUUAGUAUAGAAACAACUUUGUCAGAUAUGUUAGACUGUAAUUAUUAAUGGUCUCUAAGUGAGAUUCUGGCUCACCAAUGUCCGUUGCUGUAUUUUGUUAUGCUAAGUUGAAGGAAUCUAGCGGCCAACAAUUGUAGUUAGAAACAACCCAUCUCAAUGCUGCUUUCAUCACUUGGUACUUGAAAGGAACUUACCCUUCAUUUAAAACCUAUUGAGAAUAUAUAAAUACUAUAAAAUCAGUACUAGUGUUUCCAACUAGGAAAAGCAAGUAGACUCUUGACAGUCCUUUCAAACAAGAAGACCUAGAAGCUAGAAGUAGGCACUUUUCCCCAAUCUUGAUUUUCAUAUUUUUUAAAUUAAUAAACAUGUCUUGUCACUCAGUGCUAGCAAAAAUUGUAAAGAACAAAACCAAAGUUUUUUGAUGUUAGUUUUAUUUUCAUAAGCAGGGUAUGCUUGUACUGUGACCAUGUCCUAUAUGGAACCAUGGACAGUGAAUUUUCUGCCACUCAAGCCUUGGAGAGGUUGAAAAGUCUGUCUGCUGUAUCACCUUUUAAAAAGGUCUGAGGCAGGCAGGAGAGCACAAAGCAGAAGUCACCUCAUUCCAAUGGCCACCUUGACAAAGGCCAAUGUCAAGUUCAACUCUUGGCCAGUGGAAAAAUUGUCUGAGCCUAUAUAUGUGGAAGGAACUUGGAUAGAAACGGACUUGUAAACAGUAUGAAGAACUCCAUAUCUAAUAUCUCAAGCACUUUUUAAAAAGUUAGAAUCCAGGUGUUGUUGGGUGACCAACUGGACAUUUGGGUGCAGACUUUUAUUGCACUUAUUCCAAUUGCAGGCUUUGGAGAAGCAGAGGAAUAAUCUUCAGUUAGAUGGGUGUUAAGUCUAUUGGUUUAGGAUGUACUGCUGAAAUCAUUCAAAGUGUGAAUAAGGUCAGCUCCUCCUAUGUUUAUUAUUAUUAUAACAUAAAUGUCUGGCAUUUCUUGGGAAAAAUUACUGUCUGAAAAGUGAUGAAUUGAGAAGGCCAUCAAAAUUCAUUUACAAGCUGAAAUGCAAUUUUUAAAAAAUAGGAUAGGAUGAAUUUAACAUGGAAUGACUUGACCUUCUGGGGAACUUUUUAUAGACAGCUUACAUGUUGUACUUGGGGAGGGGGAAAUUUUGUUUUCUGUUUCCACUCAACAGUAGCCAACUGGUGGUUUUAUAAAAUUAACAUUAUAGCAUGUUGUAUAAAUAAACAUGUUAUAUAAAAAGACAUUGAAGUAUGUUGUAACUGUGAAAAACUAAAGACUUGGAAUAAUCUGCAACUUUUAUGUGCAAUAAGGAACACUGCAGUAGGCCCCCAAAGUGCUAUUUCUCCCUAGUAUUUGACUUAAUGUUUGCCUUGUGUCUGUUUGCAUUGCUAUUGUAAAGCUAGCCACAUGUUUUCCUGCCCUUUGCUGAUAUUUAACAUGUUUUCUUGAAGCUUGGUUUUGGUUUUUGUUCUUCUUUUUAUAUAAAACUCAAAAUAAAAAAGAUGGACGCUGA